AGCACCGUGUGUUGCGAAACAUUAUCCUCAAGAAUUGUUUUGUCCGGUCUUCCACGAUGGAGCCUAAAGCCAAGGAUAGUGUUUGGAAUAUAAUCGUGAAGGAUCUUUCGAGCAUCCACAACCGACAUGAGGAAAUGGGGAAUCAUUUCAAUGAGAAUAUCAAGAAUCAAAGGGAAUAUUUACGAACACUGUUUGAUCAGUUGUCGCAAUCAUCGUUUGUCCCGAUUGUCACAAAAACGCCGAAGAUUAUAAGAAAGAAAGCAUUUCCACGUAUCGAGACUAUACCAGAAGAUGAUGUGCUGCAAGAAGAGAAUACUGCAACAAGUGAUGCCCAAGCUAUCAGUGAGAAAGGACAAGAUGCAGACAACAUUGCGAGUGGUAGAACAAAAAGAAUGGCGUCUUUGAAAGCAGUGAAUAAUAUCACAAAACAAAGUUUGCUUAUGAACAGUACAAAACUAGGAAUGCUGCCUGAUAUGAUUGUCAAUAGUACGGUAAAGAAGAGAAAAAGAGAGAGUCAACUUAAGAGAAAGAAAUCUGCUUGGAAUAGUUCUGACGAAGAUGAAGGUAAGGUAGUUUCUAAGUACAGUAAACUGGAUAAGGAUAUGGAAGACAAAGAGUCAAGAAAGAAAACAACAGAAUCAGAAAAGAAAACAAGUAGAAAAGUGACUGAAUAUAUUGCUCAAUCUAAUGAGGAAGUAACUGAAAAGGUCAAGGGACAGAGUGCAUCUCCAAAAUCACAACAUUCCUCUAGAUCAGCAUCUAAAAAAUCUCAAGAAAAAGAAGUAAAGAAAGAGAACGAUGCCAUUAUUUCUCCUAUUACAGAUGUUGUUGAAGACUCUAUAUAUGAGGAUGCGAUAGGGAAACCAACUCCGAUAAUGAAUUCAACCCUAAAAUAUAGUUCUGUUGUAUCUGAGAAGAUGCUAAAUGCCACUGUGGUAUUAGAACCUUUACAGCAGAGGAAAUUAAACGAAACAGUUGUGAUCCAAAAAGCAUCCAAUCAGUGGAACAGUAGGGAAAAUAGCAGAGAAAAAACAAGUUUGGAGAAAGCACAGCAAAGCAAUAAGCAGUCGAAUAUAGAAGCUGAAAAACAAGAAAAAACCUUAGACCUAUAUGAUGAGUUAAUUACAGAUGAUGAAUCAUCACCUGAACUAAAGAAAUCGAAGAAACGGAUUGCUAAGAAGCAAAUGAAACCGACGAUAUUGAGCUCCGAUGAUGACGAAAUCCCUAACACGCCUGUAAAGACUAAAAAAGAAUAUUUCAAAGAGCCAACUGUCUUGAUCACACAGGAUACCAAAAUUACAUACAAAUCGAAUGCAUUGUUCAGUCCUUACGCGAAGGAGUCUGUGAAGAAAAGGGUCGAAGCAUUUGAACAAGCAAGGAUGCAGAGCCCAAAACCCGUCGAUAUAAAUGUUCCUACCAGAAUGACCAGAACGAAAACGCGCGCGUUGGCCGCCGCGGAAGCCGAAGCAGAAAUGAAGAAUGCAGAUAAAAAUUAUACACAGAUACUAGCUCGUAAAUCGCUUGCGAAAGCCAAGAAAAUAGCUUGCCUUGUGGAAAAGCAAAAGAAAGACAAUGAAGAAUUUAAAGAGAACAAGGAGCAAAUGUCAGAGAAAGUCAAUAAAGUAAUUAAAUACGACAAGCUGAGUACAUUGCAAAUGCCACAAUUAAAAGUGACACCUUUAAGCAAGCCGAAAAUCAUAAUUCCAAUGUCUGCAAAUCGUCUUCAAACCCCGUCAAACAUGCAAAAUCUUGUGAACCAUGCGAAAGCUUUAACGGCCUCCCGCGGAAAUAUCGUGACUACCGUAGAUUCUUUUAUCCAAAUUCCGAAAAUCGCCAGCAAGAACAACUCCGCUGAGAAAUUGGAAGAUAAGAAACGAUACGAGGAAGACGCACUGAAAAAGAGAAAGGAAACCUUGAGAUUACAGAUGGAGGAGAAGAGAAGAAAGCGAGAGGAGAAGGAACUGAAGAACAAGUUGGCCAGAGAAGCCAGAGAGAAACAGGAACUGGAGAAACGGCAGAGAGCGGAGAAAGAGAGGGAGGAGAAGGCAAAGUUGGCUCAAUUGAUGCUAGAAAAGCAACGCGAGGAAAUGGAGAAGAAGCGCCUGGCUCAAUUGCAACGAGCACAGGAAAAGGAGGAACGUCGCAAGUUGGAAGAACAACAGAGAUUACAGAGAUUGCAAGAGCAAGAAGAGGCGGAACGUUUACUUGCCGAACAGAAGCGUCGGGAGCAAGAUGCCGAGAGACGUAAAGAAAUGGAAAUGAGAGCCCAGCAACAUGCGGAAGCAAUGAGGCAGAAAAAUAUGCUGCAGGCGACUCAAGUUAAAUACAAACAAGCUGCUAAUAAGCAGCAGGGUACAACGAAUUAUGUGUUGGAUAGUGAACCUGACGAUGACGAGUCGGAUGAUGAGAGCAGACCGAAACACGAGAUACCGUAUUGGGCACAGUCGCACGUGCGUAAGACACAACUUGCGAUGCAACGAUAUAUUCCCGAGGAAAUAGUGUACAAAUUUUUCGAUACUCGUAAAUGUACACCGGAUUUGACAGAGUUAUUCCAUGGUAUAGAUCGAAAUCGAUUGAAGCGUACCUCCAGUGCAAUCUGGAAAACGCCGCCGCGUUUUUCCAUGAUGGAAGGCGACUAGAGUUCUCAAAUCGAACCACGGUUAUUGUAAAUUUAAUGUUGCACUUGCAGUUAUCUCUAAGUGCAAACGACCAAUGGUCGUUAAAUAUUAUCUCAUGCGAUGUGGAGAUGAUGUUGUGUCAUAAUGAUAUCGUAUGAACCAAGAAAAAAUUCAAUCAUUCUAUUCAUUGUUAUACACUAAUGUUCACAUGACAAUAAUGUAUGUAACAUGUAUUUUAUUCGACAAUGUUUAGUAUACCUUUUACUUAUUUAUAUAUCAAUUAGUAUAAUAUCUCUGCUGAAAGAAAGUUGAAGUCUUGUAGCAUUAGUGAAUUAAUCGGUAUUAGUAAGUCAUAUUGUAUUAGUAGUCAUUAUAUUGUAUCGGUAUUAGUAAAUGAUUACAUUGAGAAGUUUU